CCACACACCCUGUGAAGCGGGAAUCCUCUGUUUCGUCCGAAUUAAAAAGAAAAAGAAGGGAAAAUUAAAUCAGAAGUUUCUCUUUCUCUGAGAUUUUUGUUACUGUUAGCCAUGGAAGGCACGAGUUCCGGGAAGCGAGUUCGAGAUGACUCGGACGAGUCCCGAUUGGAAUCGCCCGAGGUCAAGAGAUUCAGAGACGAUCUCUUCGACCUCCUCGACGAUAACGAGCCCGCUCUUUCCAGUCAGGAUCUGGACUCGGUCAUGAAGAGUCUGCAGGAGGAGAUUUCUGCAUCUUCCUCGCCUGCUCCUGUCGUCGAUCUGACGUCAGAUUCCGGCGAGUCUCAGCCUCAGAUUGGGUACCUUCUCGAAGCCUCCGACGACGAGCUGGGCCUGCCUCCGCCCGGAGGUGAGUUGGUGAAGCAGGACGGGAACGGCGAGUUGCCGAACGAGUUACUCCAUGUAUCGUCGGACUCGUCUGGAAUCGCCGAGUUCUGGGAGUUUGAGAAUCAGAUCCCGAGUUACGACUCGUUCGAUUUGGGAACCGGAGUUGAAUAUAACGGGAAUACGAACACGGAGUACGUGGAGUUCGACGGCCUUUUCGAUCACUCCGAUGUGUAUUACGAGUCAGCCGAGUUGUCCGAGUCGUGGCGGCACGAGACCCUGCCAGCUCAAUAGAACGGAGAGGAAAGAGGCAAAAAACACUUUUCCGUCGGACGAAUUUUAUUUCGUAUAGACGAGACUUGUAAAUUUAUUCCCCCAAAAUUUUUUUUUGGGCCUUUGUUAACGAAGGAAUUACAGAAAGUCAUAUUUAGGGGUAGGACGAAAUGAAAGACGAGCUUUGACUGGGGAGAUUCCUCCUU